AUGAGUGCAUCUCCAUCCCUCACUAAGAAGAAAGCUCGGAAGAGUACCUUGUCUCAUCCCAUCCACAUUGAUGAUUCCAUCACCACGAGCAAAGCCGUGGUCAUUCCGGACCUUGAAGCCCCCAAAUUUCUGACUGAACCUCCUUCUUCGGCGGCUCCGCUCGCCUCUGUCCCAGGGUCUUCCAAAAGAGGCCGAGCUUCUCCAUCAGAGGAUGUCUCUGAUCAUGGUCGUGAUUCUGCCAAAGCCCAUUCUGAUUCCUCAGAGUCACCUGACGUGCUUGCACCCAAGAAGAAAAGCAAGGGUUGGUUCCAGGUCUCUUCUUCUCGAAAAUCUCCUCGUUCCAAAGGGACUGGUCCUUCUGAUUCUACGCCAAAGGCUUCAUCUCCUGUUGGUUCCACUCCUCGUUCCAAGUUUAGGUCAAAGGUAAAGAAAAUUCCUCCACCUUGUUCUUCUUCUGAAACUGACCCUUCUUCAGAUUGUGUACCCUCUGAUGAAGAUCCCCUUGAAGACGACCCCUUUCUUGAGGAAAAUGUUGACUCAGAAGAUGAAUCUGACCCAUCAGAGGACCCCCCUGUUUCACCAAAGGGCAAGAAACCAAUGAAAAUUCCUGAGAUUCGCACCAAGUCUCCUUUGGGUCCCAAAGUCUCUCCAGGAAGUCUUUUAUGUUUGGACAAGUUUAUGUCCGAGGAAAUUGGUAUUUGUUCAAUGCUGCUGAAAAUUACCAAGGUUCUUAAUUUGCCUCCUUCUGUUGAUAAUGUUGUUGUUGAGUUUAACAAAGAUAAGGUGCUUUCGGAGUUGGGAGGACAAAAUAUGGUGUGGGAACCUCACUCAGUCCUUAAAGUAACAGAUCUUACUCAUUACUAUGCUGUGCUUCACAAAUUUGCCACCUCCAACUGGAUUCCCACUACUCAUACCUCCACCAUUACCUUUGACACGGCCUUCUUUCUGUACAAAGUUGGAACUGGUCUCGGUGUUGAUCUUGCCUCUCUCAUUUUUGACCAGAUCACUGCCUUAGGGAAUGCCAAAAAGAAAGGUCAAUAUUUGGUGUUUCCCCAUUUGAUUUACAAGUUGCUUGAUUCUCAAAAGCCUCUUCGCUUGGAAUAUGAGAUCUUGACUCCUCCUAGUGCCGGAGCAGACUACAAACUCAAAAAGGAACCAUCAUCUGUUAAAGCAACUAAAGGGAUUGCUCUCAAGGCUGGCGAUGCUGAUUCUGUUGCUGCUGAACUCGCUGGUGUCAAGGCCACCCUGGAAUCUAUUCAAACAGAAGUGAUCAGCCUCAAGAGUUGUCUAUCAACCAUGGUGUCUCACUUUGCAGCCGGUCCUUCCCACUGA